AUUAUCCGCCAGUCUCACCGGUCUUCGGGAUGUGCACAACUCCGACCUGCAAUGCGUCGGGGAAGUUCUUCGACCUUUCAUGGCAAAGCUUGAAAUAUAUCAGCCUUACCUGGUAAAGCUGGAGUUUGUCGCAACCAGAAUCGAACAUCUUGUCGCCCAGGAGAAAAGUGACAUCGGAGAUUUUAUCAAGCUACAAGAGCGCUCCUCCGCCUGCCAGGGAUGGUCAUUGGAGAAAUACUUGGUCGAACCUGUCCAAAGGCUCUCCCAAUACCCUGACUUUUUUCACCGACUCUGGCACGCAACCCCGAAGUCCCAUCCCGACUAUCUAUCAACACUAUCUGUUCUUCACUCUGCUAAACUCACGAUCCGUGUUCUCAGCGAGGUCAAAGAUCGGGAAGAUGAGUAUGAGUUUGUGAAAGACAUGUUCUCACGUAUAGCGGACGUUCCCUCUCAACUUCCUUGCCGUGACAGGCGUCUGCUGAUGCACGGUCCUGUCGCAUGUGCCAGAGUGGAAAACGACGAUGAUUUACGAGUCACGCGCCCUUCCACCAACGUGCACGGGUUUCCAGAACCACUGAAAAGUCCAUCUCCCGAUUCGCGUCCACGACACAACGAAAAACUCUCAAAUGCGCUGAAAGGUUGGCGUGGGCGCAGUGGGUCAGUACAGUCUACGGCCUCGACGGCAGCAUCGCUACAAUCCUUUCGUACUGCUCCAUCAUCAUUCGACUUCCGAUCUGAGCCACAAGCGGGGCCCAGAAAUAGCCCUUUACUUCGCGUCGAGUCUCCGGCUGUUGACGUUCAGUUAUUCGUUUUCACAGACUUGAUCAUGAUGGCCUCCGCUACCAAUCAUCACGAUGAUUCUCAGCGCACUUCUGCAAAUCUGCGCAUACUCGAUGACUUUGGUCUCUCCAGAAUCCUUUCUGUGACAGACGAGACAGAUAGAAGAUCAUCCAUCUCAAUAGAUUUAGUCCCACUGACUGCUGAAGAGCUCGAGAGAGGACAUGCAAAUUCCAAAGGACAGGUCUUGACCGUGUCAUUGUCGCACGGUACUUCUCGAUCUUCUGUAUCGGAGGCGUCUAUGCAGUGCGCCAUUCUGAAGGAAUGGUUGGGACCACUGAGACAAUGUUGUCAGCACGCCCUGAGGUCGCUGUCUUCGCCAUCCGUGAAGAACUACCUGGCUCACGCUCCGAAAGAAUCCGAGAUCAGUCAAUCAGUCUUAUCCAUCCUCGCAUCAGGCUUGCCAUUUCCUAAAAGUCCUUCUAUGCAGUUACAUGGUGUCGAACUAGGGCAAGCAGGGGAUGCGGAACAACAGGAAAGGGAAGAACGCGGAUGGUGGUCGCUGCGGUUCCACGAGGUCCUGAGAGAAAUACAAGGACGAGAAGCGGCACUUCUUCGAUAAGUAUACAUAUUUGUAUUCGUGUAUUUGCUUUGCAUAUCUGUGGGUUGUGAGAUAUGUUUUACAUCCAGUAUAUAUAUUCCCAUUUUUAUCUUGUUGCCAAGGCAGCAAGAAGGAUGUCGGUAUCGACUUUGGCAG